AAUAUGAGUCCCCUACACUGCAUUUCUUCCCUUUUCUCCACCUUCCUACCAUCUCCAUAUACUUUUAAAAGCUUUUGCUUUGUUUCUUUACUUGCUUUUUUUUUUCCCUUCACUAUUAGAGCCAUGUUGUUCACUAUUCCGGCCGGUUUCUCGUCCGAUUCCAUGGUCGAUUUCGAUCAAUUUCCUGGUUUUGAAACCGGCUUCACUCCGUGGGACUGUUCGGAACCUUUUCCCCCCACAACCCAAUCAAUAGAGCCAGCAGGAUCCGGUUCCGGUUCGGACGAAACAAACCAGAACCAAACCAACUCGAACUCUAGUUUAGACCAACCGAACCAACUGCUUUCCGUCAUCGACGAACGAAAGAGGAGGCGUAUGAUAUCGAACCGGGAAUCAGCUAGGAGGUCACGGAUGCGUAAACAGAAGCAUUUAGAAAACUUAAGGAAUCAGGUAAACCGGCUUAGAAUCGAGAACCGGGAAUUAAACAACCGGUUGAAGUUCCUUUUGUGCCAUUGUCACUGUGUAAAGACAGACAAUGAUCGGCUCCGGUCUGAAUACAGUAUCCUCCGACAAAAAUUAUCGGACAUACGUCAAAUUUUGCUAUUCAAGCAACUGCAGCAAUAUUCAUCUGCAUGGCCAUGUUAUAACGUUGCCACCAUGUCCGACCAAAUCCCAUCAUUAACCACUUAAAUACAUAUAUAUAUAUAUAUAUAUAUAGACCUAUAUUUAACGUACCAAUAAUGGCAUCAUCAUUAAAAUUUCUCUCUAAUUCGAGAAGCCCAGAUUUUUAUCUAUUAAGACAGGUACUAUCUGGGAAAGAAAUUAAAUGGUGGGUGUGUUGUUUUGUUUUGAGGGAUUUUAAGUGAUGAAAGACAACAUGAUUUUUGUUUUUUGAGAAACCAGUGUUGUGUAAAAAAAAGAAAAGUUGGUCAGUGUUUGGUUUUUUAAUCAAA